UGAAUUCUUCCUGUUUCAGUGUUUAACUAAUACUUCGCUCUCCCGGCGUCUCCACUCCUUUUUUCUCUCCUAUUCUCUUCAGGGAGGAACUGAGCUGUCUGUGCGGGCUAAAAAUGCCGAACGGGGAUAUGAAGGUGUUGAGUGCGUUGGAUCAGGCGAAGACGCAGUGGUAUCACUUUACGGCGAUUAUUAUUGCCGGAAUGGGGUUUUUUACGGACGCGUAUGAUUUGUUUUGUAUAUCGCUGGUGACGAAGCUGUUGGGGAGGGUUUACUAUCACGUGGACGGGGCGGGGAAGCCGGGGAGUUUGCCGCCGAAUGUGGCGUCGGCGGUGAACGGCGUGGCGUUCUGCGGGACGCUGGCGGGGCAACUCUUCUUUGGCUGGUUAGGGGAUAAGUUGGGGAGGAAAAAGGUGUACGGUCUCACGCUCAUGUUGAUGUGCGGUUGCUCAAUCGCUUCCGGGCUGUCGUUUGGCCACACCCCGACGUCGGUGAUGACCACGCUCUGUUUUUUCCGGUUCUGGCUGGGGUUCGGCAUCGGCGGGGACUACCCGCUCUCCGCCACGAUAAUGUCGGAGUACGCGAAUAAGAAGACGCGCGGCGCGUUCAUCGCGGCGGUUUUCGCCAUGCAGGGGUUCGGGAUUUUGGCGGGCGGGAUUUUCGCGAUUGGCGUUUCGGCGGUUUUCGAGGCUAGGUUUAAAGCGCCGCCGUAUCAGGUUGAUCCCGUGGGGUCCACCGUCCCGCAGGCGGAUUUCGUGUGGAGGAUAAUCCUAAUGGCCGGCGCGCUUCCGGCGCUGCUGACGUGGUACUGGCGGAUAAAGAUGCCGGAAACCGCCCGCUACACGGCGCUGGUGGCGAAUAAUGUUAAGCAAGCGACGGCGGAUAUGUCUAAGGUUAUGCAGGUGGAUCUUGAAGCGGAGGGCCCCAAGGAAAGGGAGGCCUCGCCGGCGGCGAGGGCGGAGGGUUUCGGAUUAUUUUCAAAGGAAUUUCUCCGGCGCCAUGGACUUCACUUGCUGGGAACUACGACGACUUGGUUUUUACUCGACAUUGCUUAUUACAGUCAGAAUUUAUUCCAGAAAGAUAUUUUCUCCGCGAUUGGAUGGAUUCCAGCGGCCAAGACUAUGAACGCGAUUGAAGAGGUUUUCAAGAUCGCAAAAGCGCAAACUCUGAUUGCCCUAAUGAGCACAGUUCCUGGGUAUUGGUUCACUGUCUUCUUGAUUGAUAGAAUCGGAAGAUUCUGGAUUCAAUUGCUUGGUUUUUCUAUGAUGACAGCUUUCAUGUUCGCUCUAGCUAUACCUUAUGACCACUGGACUCAUCCUGGAAACCAUAUAGGCUUUGUGGUCUUAUACUCCCUCACUUUCUUCUUCGCCAAUUUUGGCCCCAACGCCACCACAUUCGUUGUCCCGGCUGAGAUUUUCCCGGCCAGGCUCCGAUCCACCUGCCAUGGAAUCUCGGCAGCUUCCGGGAAGCUGGGAGCCAUGGUUGGGGCGUUCGGGUUCUUGUACUUGGCUCAACCGCAGGACAAAUCUAAGGCAGAUGCAGGGUACCCUGCAGGGAUAGGGGUGAGGAAUUCUCUGAUUGUUCUGGGAGUGGUUAAUCUUCUGGGCACAUUGUUGACGUUCUUGGUUCCUGAAUCCAAAGGGAAAUCGCUUGAAGAAGUAUCAAGAGAAAACGAAGAGUCGCCCUGAUAGUUCUUUUUGUGUUAUAUUUAGCUUACAGUGUUUUUUUUUUUUUUUUUGGCUUCUUUGUUUCCAGAUUUUCUGUUUUUAGUUGUCGCUUGUCAGAUUGCUCUACUUUCUCAGUGUGUGUUUCAGCU